AUGAUAGAUCGUAAACCAGCAGAGACCCCGAUGAUAACUAAUCAUGGCCUUCAAAUUGUAGAAGGGGCUGAAAUGCCAGAUCAAGAACGUUAUCGAAGAAUGGUGGGAAAACUGACUUAUUUGUCUCACACAAGACCUGAUAUUGCAUAUGUAGUGAGAGUUGUGAGUAAAUUCAUGCAUCGACCUCAAGCGGAUCAUAUGGCGGCAGUCUUGAGGAUCUUGAGGUACUUGAAAGUGACAUCCAGUAAGGGAAUAUUGUAUACAAAGAAUGAGAAUCUUGAUCUUAUUGGCUACACAGAUGCAGACUGGGCUGGUGAUCGAGAUGGUAGGAAAUCCACUUCAGGAUACUUCACCCUUAUAGGGGGUAAUCUGGUUACAUGGAAGAGUAAGAAACCUAAGGUAGUUGCCCUAUCAAAUUCUGAAGCAGAGUUCAGAGGAAUAGCAAAGGGGGUCACGGAAGUUCUGUGGAUUAGGAAGCUCUUGAGUGAGCUAAGUUGUCACCAAACACAGGCAAGUCUCCUAUACUUGUGA